AUGACAUUGGCGGGAUUUGGACGUUGGUUGUUUCUCGCAGGCGCUUGCCUCUGCGCGCUCGCGGGCGUCGGAUCCGCGGUCAACAUCAUCGAUGGGUUUCUGGGCGGAAGCCCCGACGUGUUCAAGGACGCCAGGCUUGACCCCAUUGGUUUGAUCAAGAAAUGGGGUUAUCCGGCCGAGCGGCACCACGUGACCACGGAGGACGGCUACAUCCUGGAGAUUGACCGCAUCCCUCACGGUCUCUCAGAAACCGGUCAGGGCCAAACCCGAACCCCGGUCUUGUGUGUGCACGGUGUCAUCUCGUCGGCGGCAGAUUAUGUCAUGAACAAUCCCCUGGAAAGCCCAGGUUUUCUCCUCGCCGAUGCCGGUUUUGACGUCUGGCUCAUCAACACCAGGGGAACGCCAUACUCUAAUCACCACGAGACGCUCACUACCAGGGACCGUGAAUUCUGGGAAUGGAGUUUCGACAAGAUCGGCCGGUACGACCUUGCAGCUGCAAUAGACUACAUAAUUUCCCAGACGGGAUUUGGUGAAAUCAGCCUCCUUACCUGGUCUCAAGGAUUCACCGUUACGCUGGUUCUACUCUCCACAAGGCUAGCGUAUAAUGACAAGGUGAAUCUCGUGGUUGGCAUGGCGCCCGUCGCAGACAUCACGCACAUUCAAACUCCCCUGACUUUGCUCGCCCCGUUCGCUGAACCAAUUGCCAACUUCAUCGACAUCUUUACGAAGGGAGGACUGCUGACGUCCAGCCAGCUGACCCAGACCGUGAUUGGCGCUGCCUGCAAUAACGUCUUUCGUGGGCUUUGUUUCCUUCCUAUCAACAUUGUUGUUGGGGCCAGUCAAGAACAGCUGAACACGACAAGGAUUCCAGUGUAUAUGGCGCACAUGCCGGCGGGUACGUCCACGCAGAACAUCGUCCACUAUGCACAGAUGUACAAGGCAAAGAAUUUCAUAAUGUACGACUAUGGCAAAGAAAGAAACAGGGACAUGUAUGGUCAGGACACGCCGCCGGAGUACCCUUUGGAAGAGAUCGGAACCAGCAUCGCUUUGUUCUCUGGACAAGGUGAUCGGUUCGCUGACCCGAAGGGCGUGCAGGGUCUGCGGUCACGGCUGCAGAGUAUCGUUUUCGACUAUCAGCUGCCCCAGAAGAACUUCAACCACUUGGACUUCGUCAUCGGUGACGACGCCACGCUCAUGCUGCACAAGCCGGUUAUAGAGCUCAUCCAAGGCUAUAACAACGACAACUUAGCGUGA